UGCCUUAAUUUUGAUGAAAUGCAGUGAGCAAACGCGAUAAUCGUGGGUGAGGAUCUAUGAUCCAGUGACCUUUCGUGAAAUCACCCUAUAGCUCUGCCCAAAGAUCUUUGGCUCUGCCCUCUAGUGUUGCACAUUUCCACCCUGGGGGAAAGGUUCUUUUUAUUCUAUCAAGACUCCCCUCAACCUGCAAUUACUCCAGCAUUUUGCGAUUUUUUUUUUGUUAAACCAGCAUCUACAGUUCCUCUUACAUAAUCAGUCUAUUAUCUAGUAUAUAACAUCGUCGAUGCUUCCACUUUGCUUGUUCCUUGUUUCUACCGGGCGCGGUCCCUCCCCUAUUUUCCUGCGUUCCGUCCAUCAGAUUGAACAAGGGUCGCGACCAAAGAUCCUUGGUCGCGACCCCAAACGUCGCCUGGCGUAGGAUAGACACAAAAAACUGAUGUAACUCAGCGGUUCAGGCAGCAUCUCUGGAGAAAAUUAUUAGGCUGCAAGGACGCUGCCAGAGCCGCUGAGUGCCUCCAGCACUGUGUACAUUGCUCGGAUCCCGGGCUCAGCCCACUCUCCCACGUCUGCAACUGCUGCCUGAGCUACUGAGUGCCUCCAGCAUUGUGUGUGUGUGUGUCCCGGGUUCCCAGGCUUAGCCUUAGCUACGGAGUGCCUCCAGCACCACCUUUAUCCAGCACCGCUACCAUCAAAGAUCCUCUAGCAAGACGACCAUUGCCCGGGUCCCCAGCCUCUCCUGUAUCUGCAGCUGCUUCUUGUUGCCAUUCGCAAUGUAGCAGUUUUCGAUGACGCUCCAGCCGGCGAUUCGCUCAAUCUCAGCCAAUGUAACGGGGAUAAGGAGCAGGAAACGGAACUCUCCCCCUGUGUUUACCAUGAUGGAGGAGCCGGCUUCCACAGAGUGUGGCUUAGACCCACAAUAGUUGGAACAAGGGGGGAGGCGUGUAGCACAUUUACUCAUUCCUCGGACUGGGGCACCUCAUGUAUGACAUGGAGACCGUCUGGUGCUGGGUCAGUGAUCACGUUGGUUUCCGUGGGACGAUCAAGAACUCGCCCAGCGAUUUUGUGGUGACGGAGAUCGACAUGUGUGGAAGGCUGGUGAACGACGUUGAUUGUGUGCGGGAUACUUGCACCAUUGACAGCAGCCAACUCCAACCCCAGCCCCAGCCCCAGCCCCGGCCGACCCCAAGCAAAAGGCCAAAGAAACGGGAAAGAUCGCCAGCGAAUGAUUCUGAACGGGCUGGCGUGGGUGAAUCAACUGUUAUACCCAGCGAUGCCAGCCUCAACACUGAUCCUGAGCUGUCUGAGUCUUCCAUCAAUUCCCCUUCAGUUGAAGUGCAGGGACGUAGCUUAGAGAUGCUUCUGGGAUGCUCGAUAGCCGAGUCACUGGAACAGUUUGCAAGCUCAGCGAAAGGGGGAAGUCUGGCCAUGGAGGGGAAGGAGGAGGCCACACUUUUACUUGUGACUUUCCAAGAGAAAGGCCAGAGGGCAUCCGUCCACAAGGCCGUUCGGCAGAGAUAUCCCUUCCUGAAGACCGUCACCAGCAGCGCUGAAAUACGAGUCAGGCUUGACCCUCAGUACUCCGAGCUCCGUCAGCUGGUGUCCGAGGGAGAAGCCGACGGGCUGUUCCGCUUCUUGGAUUCGAGGGACACCAGUUCCAAGUUUUCCUUUCAGCCCGAUGGAAACAAGGAACACCGGAAGGCCGUCCAUCAUUUUGUCAGCAGGUAUUUUGGGAAGCUGCUGGAAACCAAAAGCUUUUCCGGGCAAGGGGACGGGAGCCGGCCGGACGCGGUGAUUACCGUGAGGUUUCGAGACAAGAUUAACGGCAGCAGGAAACGAGCUGCCCAUGAAUACCAGGGACCAUCAACACCGUAUACAGCAUUCACCCUGCACAAGGUGAACAUGGAGACCCUGGAUGCAGUCGCUAGCCUGGCCUCUCAACUUGGCGUGCUGCCGUCCGACUUCAGCUACGCAGGCAUCAAAGACAAGAAGGCCGACACUUCCCAGACCAUGGUCGUGAAGAACGUGACGAUCGACAAGUUAAAAGCAAAGCAGUCAUCCAUCCAAAACAAGGAUUUGAAGAUCUAUAAUCUGCGAACUACAACUCAGCACUUGCGAGUAGGACAACUAAAGGGAAACCAUUUUAGUAUCAUCGUAAGAAAUGUCAGCAAGCAUCUGAAAGAUGAUCCUGAAGCAAGUCUUGCUGAAAGGGUGUUUGGUGCCAUUGAGAAUGUCAAGGUGAAAGCUCUGCAUUUAUUCUUUACUCCAGAAGAAGGAAAUGAUCCUGUUAAUAAGGCCAAAAGACAUUUUAUUAAUACAGAGGAUGCCAAAGCAACUCUUGCCCUGAUGCCAGAGUACAAAACCAGGGAGCGACUGGUGCUCCGCGCAUUAAAUCGCUAUGGCAACAGCCAGGAAGGCUGCACACGGGCUUGGCUCAGUUUACCACACUACAUGCGCAUUCUGUACGUGCACUCGUACUGCAGUAAGAUCUGGAACGAAGCCGCAACCUUCCGCUUGAAAACCUAUGAUAUGCAUGUUGUGGAGGGAGACUUGGUCACCUGUGAUAAACCUGAGCAAGACCUUUUAUCUCGAAACAAUCAGGUGCAUGUUGUGACAGCCAAAGAUGUGGAAUCAGGAAAUUACUCCAUUAACCAGGUUGUUCUUCCAAUGCCCGGUAACAGCAUCCAGUAUCCCAGCAACAAGCUAACUUCAUGGUACCAAGAAGCUUUGGUGAGAGAUGGACUACAGGGUUGCAGGUUUAGAAUCCCUGCACUGCAACUGAAUGUCCCAGGAUGUUAUCGGCCUCUCCUGGCACUACCUCGGCGGCUCGAGUGUCGGUGGUGGGAAAGUGAAGAGGUGCUUUGUACAAAGGAAGAGGCUGACUUUGCUGUUGGUGAACCCGACCUGCCGCUGAAAACGGGAGACGCACUUUCUUUGUUAUUCAGCCUAAACCCAUCAAACUAUGCAACGGUGUGUCUCAGGGAAAUAAUGAAAUGCCACGUAUAGUUUUACUCAAAUUUUGUGCCUUGGCAUAGUCACGGAUGGUCUGGUCACAGACUCAGUAGAUAAGCUGGCACUUUUGGGUAAUCGAGCGUUUGCUUUUGGACAGAUGGCUCACGUGUUUAUGUAUGAAGGCUGCUGUGGAAAAAGUUAAGUGCUACAGGUCAAUGUUUAAGUUGUGAAAAUUGACUUGGCUCAGCAAAAUGAGAAGUAUCGAAAGGAGCUGGCUGAUGCUGUACUUUCAGUCUGAAAAAGGGUCCCGACCCGGAACCUCACACAUCCUUUUUCUCCAGAGAUGCUGCCUGACCCGCCGAGUUACUCCAGCACUUUGUAUUUAUCUUCAGCAAAACGAGACCAGUUUCUGUGGAAUUUUGGCCUUUUUUAAUUAUAUAAAUACUUUUAUUCAGAAAAUAAAAAUAAACAUAUGAACACAAUCAAAGGCUGCCUAUAUUGACAGUUUACAAGUAAACGGUCAUCAGAUUAAUAUAUCGCCAACUUUAUCAACAAUACACUCGACCUCCCGCAGCGACCAGUGUCCACGGAAGUUCUCCAAAGUCCCCGUGUCCCUGGAGAGGGAACACGCGGGCACGGACGUCGGCCCGGAAAAGGGGCAAGCAGCCAACCCCGGUGCGGCUGUCGACCCCGGUGCGGCCAUCGACUACCCGCUGCCUGGACCCGCGAAUGGCCAUCUUGACCAGGCCCAGGAGCAGACCGACAAGGAGACCCUCCCUCCCGACCCUCCCUCCUCUGUACCUGGUGCCCAAAUAUCAGGAGCAUGGGCUAAAAUGUAGCCAAUACUUGAGGAGCAGCCCCUUCAGAUAGUCGAACAGGGGCUGCAACCUCUCACACUACACGUACAUGUGGAACACGGUCUCUUCCUCGCCGCAGAAGUGACAGGCGGCAGACGAGUACGUGAACCGGCUCAAGUACCUGUUACAGGCCACAGACAUGUGCAACACUCUCCACCCCAGGUCCCCGAUGUAAAGGGGGACGACUCCCUUAUAGAGAGACAAAGUUUAUGAGAAGACAGGAAAAUGGGGUUGUGAGGGAAAUGAUUGAAUGGUGGAGUAGACUUGAUGGACCAAAUAGCCUAAUUCUGCUCCUAUGUCUUAUGAACUUAUAAAGGGUCGAUCAGAGGGUUGUGAAUGGGAGUAAAGAGGAAUGGGAGCAGAGAAUUGGCAGCCAAACACCCUGAAUAUUCCUCAUCCUUAGUACUAGUAUCAUUUAAAUAUCUAAAAGUGUAGAAAAUAAAAUUACUUUUAGACUAAAAAUAAAAAUAGCAGUAGUACAGGGAAAAAGUGUAGAGAUGGGCUACACAAUGUGUAGUUACUAGGGAAGUCCACAAGAGAGCAAUGUUAUGUGCAGACCAAACAAAUCAAGGUGAAUUGAGCCAAGACAGUAAACUGAGCUGCUUACUCUUCCAUAAAAGAAAAAUACAGAUGAGCUUAACAGUAGCUCCAAACAUAAUAUACCCCUAUCUUCACAACCACUCCCUCCAAAAAAUUCAGAGCUCUAAAAUACCCUUAAGAUCCUUAUCUUAAAGUUUGAUACAAAUGGUCGACAAGGUGGCACCGUGUGUAGUAAAUCAAUUUAUUGGUUAAUUGAGAAAUAACAAUUUCCUUAUUUAUCACGUUAUAAUAAUACAAACCAGUAUAGCAUACAAUAUGUAAUAUGCAUUGAUUUGCUAGCGUUGGAUUGGUCGGUAAAGCAGUGAGAACAAGCUGCCUCAAUGUUAGAUACAAGCAGCAACGGUCUUUGUCUUGGACUUCAUCGUUUUGAGAUGAUUAAGCUAUAAAACCACGGCUGGCAUUGAUGAUUUACCGAUCGAUGAGCCCUUGAUUAUCUGCUAAGUCCUCAACCUUCACCGACUAACCUAUAUAAACUAUUUUGAAAGGUCUGUCAGUAUUCCGUUGGUUCAUUACUAUUUUGGCUGUCUGCUCCCUAACUGAUCAAUAAUAAACAUACCAAAGGUGACCUCUCCUUGAUUAAGCAAGGGAUUGUGUACCCUCUUCAUCUCUGGCCUUACUCGUGAGUUCGUGUUGAAACAAUUUUUUCCUGUGACGAUCACUCCAGUGGCUUGCUUUAAGUGACUUGCCUCUCUUAUCUGUCUGAAGCUAUUGGAACAGGUUCCCUCACUUCCUUAUCUGAAUAUAAGUAGCAUUGUGUGUUUAUCUUAUUGUGGCCUCUCCUCAUCCCCAUACCAGGGACAUAUUGCUGCUUUUAGAGAUAUGCUAAAAAAAAAACUAUCAGAUAAAGCUUUUCAUUUAAAUAAUGUUGUCUCAACAUUCUCUUAAGUUAAGUUGUUCUUGCACUGUAUAAUCAUAGAAUCACAUAGCACAGAAAUAGUCCUUGUCAAAAGCCUUACUGAAGUUCAUGUAGGCAAAAUUUACUGCUUUGCCUUCAUUUAUGUUCUUUAUUACCUCCUCAAAAAAUCUGUUUGUGACAUGAUCACACAAUUUAAUUAUGCAGCUAAUAUUUUCUUACAGUAAAUACCUCAAUCGUUUUGCCUGUAUUCUUAACAACAUAAUCAAAAGACUAACUUUCAGCAUAUCAAUGAAGUUGUACAUCUGGUUGGCAGGUUGUUACUAAUGAGUUCCUAGUCUACUGAAGACAAAAAACAGAUUGGGUUCACCUCUCCCCUGAAAGUCAAUUGUAUUCUGUGCUCCCUUCAAACUCACCUGGGCCCAUUUACAUGUUCCACUGAAAUGCCUCGGGUUCUAUUUUUCACAUUCUCAUUAAAAUCAGCAAGUUUGGUGGAAGAUUUAGUAUAAUUUUAAAAUUCUAGAUGAAGGGAUUAAAAGUAGAAAAGUAGGUGAAUUCUGUGGAAUUCUCUGCUUCAGAAGGCGGUGGAGGCCGGUUCUCUGGAUGCUUUCAAGAGGGAGUUAGAUAGAGCUCUUAAAGAUAGAGGAGUCAGGGGAUAUGAGAAAGCAGGACCAGGGUACUGAUUGUGGAUGAUCAGCCAUAAUCACAUUGAAUGACAGUGCUGGCUCGAAGGGCUGAAUGGCCUGCUCCUGCACUUAUUGUCUAUUAAACAAGAGGUGAAUUGAAACUACGUUGGGAGUUGAGAUAUUUUUUAAUAGUGUGGGAAAUCUGCUGUCUGGCACCAAAAAACUCCAGUGUAUACUGGGCAAACAAAGUUUUACGAUAGUGAUGAAGGCUCCAUGUCCUUAACAAGCUAAGCUAAUUGAUUGGGAAUAAAGUGACAGAUAGAGUACCAUAUGGAAAAAUGCAAGGCCACAAAAGUGAAAUGCAGUGUUUUCUCUUAAUUGGCGAGAGAUUGGGAAACAUAAAAGUAAUUCUUAUACAUAAGUCACUUAAAGCUAAGAACAUAAACGAAAUGCUGGGAGAAACUCAGCAGGUCAGGGAAAAUCUGCAGAGAAAAAUAAGGUGUUCCAGGUCAGGACCCUUCCACUGCCCUGAUCAGUCUGAAGGUUCUCAACCCAAAAUGUCGGUCCAUUGCUCAUCACAGAUGUUGCCUGAUCUGCUGAGUUCCUCCAGCACUUUGUUGAUGUUGGAAUAUUGAGUCUCUUGUGUCUCAAUUAAAGUUAAACACAUUGUGUCACAGGCGAUUAGGAAAGCAUAUGGUACAUUAGCCAUUAUUGCUAUGUCUA